AUGAAUGAUAACAAAUUAACAGGAUCUCUUCCUCAGGGUUUUGGAGAUCUCAAGAACAUAGUCGGCCUUAAUCUGGCUGAUAACUCCCUUUCUGGACCUUUGCCUAUGAAUAUAUGUACCGGCGGCAGUCUCAGAGCUUUUGUAAUGUCUCUGAAUAUGUUCAAUGGCUCAGUUCCAUGGAGCUUAAAGACCUGUACAAGUUUGACUGGACUUUACCUUGACGGAAACCAACUGACAGGAGAUAUAUCUCACCAUUUUGGAGUUUAUCCACAACUUAGGCACAUAUGGUUGACGUCCAAUAGACUCUCUGGGAGCAUUGCACCAAAGUGGGGAGACUGCCCCCAACUAAAGGAAUUCAAGCUAGGACAAAACAUGAUUACGGGUCAAAUACCUCCCACCCUAUCAAAAUUAUCCAAUUUGGUAGACCUAACACUCGAUUCUAACCACAUAACUGGUUGGAUUCCACCAGAGUUAGGACAUUUGAAAAAUCUUUAUAUCUUGAAUCUGUCACUCAAUCAGUUAUCAGGCCCUGUACCUUUGCAGUUGGGGAAGUUGAGAAAUUUAGGACACCUUGAUUUAUCUGAAAACAGUUUGAGUGGAUCAAUACCAGAGGAAUUGGGAACCUGCAUAGAACUAUUGUUCUUGAAGAUCAACACCAACAACUUCACUGGAAAAUUGCCUGGUGCAAUUGGAAAUUUAGCAAGUCUACAGAUGAUGUUAGAUGCCAGCAAUAACAAACUUGAAGGUGUCUUGCCAAAAGAUCUUGGAAAGUUGGAGAUGCUGGAAUUUCUUAAUUUAUCCCAUAACCAGUUCAGUGGAAACAUUCCAUCCUCCUUCGCAAGCAUGGUGAGCCUAUCGACACCUGAUGUGUCCUACAACGACUUGGAAGGACCACUCCCAAUAGGACAUGCACUUCAAAAUGCUUCAAUAAAUUGGUUUCUUCACAAUAAAGCUCUGUGCGGUAACUUCUCUGGACUGCUACCUUGUUACUCAACUCCAGCAUCUGGUCGCCAUAAACAAAAGAUACAAAGUUUCCUCCUGCCAAUUGUUCUUGUUGUGGGGUUUUCCACCAUUGCUACAAUUGCUAUCAUUGCAAUUCUGAUACGUAGCAAGAAAAAGAAACAACAAAGUGGUGCUACAGAUGAGCGGAGGAACAUGUUCUCUGUUUGGAAUUUUGAAGGACGACUAGCAUUUGAUGAUAUUAUCAGGGCAACAGAAAAUUUUGAUGACAAGUACAUCCUUGGAGCAGGAGGACAUGGAAAAGUCUACAAGGCACAACUCGAAGACGGGCAGCUAGUUGCUGUAAAGAAAUUCCAUCCAACAGAAGAAGAGUUGAUUGAUGAGAGAGGAUUUCACAGUGAAAUGGAAAUCUUAACACAGAUUCGACAAAGAAGUAUUGUCAAACUCUAUGGAUUUUGCUCCCAUCCAACGUACAAGUUUCUUGUCUAUGAUUACAUUCAGCGUGGAAGUCUCCACACGACUUUACAAGAUGAGGAAUUAGCCAAGGGAUUGAAUUGGCAUAAGAGAGCUGCCCUUAUAAAUGAUGUUGCUCAGGCAAUAUCCUAUUUGCACAAUGACUGUAGUCCUCCUAUAAUUCAUCGAGAUAUCACAAGCAACAACAUCCUACUUGAUACAAAUUUUAAGGCUUAUGUCUCAGAUUUUGGUACAGCAAGGAUUUUGAAGCCUGAUACAUCAAACUGGAGUGCACUAGCAGGGACAUAUGGCUACAUUGCUCCUGAGUUGUCCUACACUUCUGUUGUGACAGAGAAAUGUGAUGUGUACAGCUGUGGUGUGCUUGUGCUAGAGGUGUUGAUAGGGAAGCAUCCAAGAGAUCUACUCCAACAUCUUGCCUUAUCAACAGAGCCAUAUACUCUUGUCAAUGAAAUCUUGGACCAACGGCCUUCUGCACCAACAACAAUAGAAGAGAAAAACAUAGUUUUCCAAAUCAAGGUAGUAUUUUCUUGCUUGAAAGCUUCCCCUCAAGCAAGGCCAACAAUGCAGGAGAUCUGCCAGAUGCUCAUCCAUUAUGAAUCUUCCACUUCAGUGUGA